AUGAGUUCUCAAGGCAACGCCUACGAAGUAGCUCUCUUCGGAGAAUUUUUCGCAAGAGAUCUCAAAGCAAUACUCAAUCGCAUCACUCUACACAGCGAAUACAGCGAGUCUAUGCACACUCGCGAAGUCACCUUCGAGCCUAUAGAUGCACAACAUCAACGAGAUAUAGGGAAUGAGCCUGUCGUUCUUAGAGCUAAGAAGGAACUGACAAGGAAGGAUGAAGGAUGGAUACUGUAUUCGUAUUUGAAGCCAGAAUCUGUCAGGGCACAUCCAGAAGCAACGGUGCGCCCAUGGGCUACAUGUCAUGUCGUGGGUGACGCGCUGAGCUUUGCGCAAGCACUUGGCCAUACUCGGCGUUCGCAGAUAUACAAACGAGGCUAUCUCUUCAGACGAAGAACAUUGGUGAUACAGAUGUUUCAACAAGAACAGGUCGAUCCUAACACUCAAGAGCCUAUACCAGCGCAUCCGGAUACAUUAUGGGAAGUCGAAGUCAAGACAGCUAAUCCCAUACGCAAUACACAAGAAACUCCUUUGAGUCAGAGCAUUGAUGCUGUUCUCGAAGUUCAGCUGUUAAUGAAGGGUUUGCUCGAUUUGAGACGACAGGAUGUAUAA